AGAACUACUGCUUUUACUCGGAGCAAGAGUUAUCCUAUUCUAUCCGGACCCGCGGCGCCAGAAGAAGAGGGUCUGACUUCUUGGUGCCUCUCCCGACUCAAUUACGAAAAACCUCUUGUUUCAUAUUCCAAUUUCUUCGUCAGGGGAUUCGCUGGUAGUUCGGUUUCCAAAAGUUUGCGCUUCACGUGGAUUUAUUUAUCUUUUGGUGAUAUACCUGUAUAAAAUUACUGGUGUGAAAACAAGAGGUCAGAGGACCGACGGUUGAAUUUUCAAAAUAGGGAAAAGGACAGAUUCAUUCAGUUCGGUCAAGAUGGAAGAAGUUAUCGAACAGCCUGAUGCUGGUCUGAAGCAGACCUUCAAAGACCUGUUUUCUGGUGCUAUGGGCGGUGUUGCACAGGUCCUUAUUGGUCAACCCUUUGAUAUUGUCAAGGUUCGUCUACAGACAACGUCGCAGUACUCGAGCGCCGCGGACUGUGCUACGAAGAUUCUCAAGAAUGAGGGUCCGUUGGCUUUCUACAAGGGAACUUUGACACCCCUCAUCGGUAUUGGUGCAUGCGUGUCUAUCCAAUUCGGCGGAUUCCACUACGCACGGCGCCAAUUUGAAGCGCUCAAUGCAGCACGGAACCCCAACGGGUCAUCCGAACUUAGCUUAACCCAAUUCUACCUGUCUGGUUCCUUUGCCGGUAUUGCCAACACCGUUCUCUCGUGCCCCAUUGAGCACGUACGUAUCCGGCUGCAAACUCAGCCCCACGGCGCUGGACGCCUCUACUCUGGUCCCAUCUCCUGCAUUCGUGCUCUAAGCGCACAUAACGGUAUUGGACGUGGCUUGUUCCGUGGAACAUCCAUUACUUUGCUCCGUGAGGCUCACGGCUACGGUACCUGGUUCUUGGCCUACGAGUGGUUGAUGAAUGCCGAGUGCCGCCGCGUCAAUACGCCGCGCGAGCAACUCCCCACAUGGAAGGUCGCGCUGGCCGGUGGUCUUGCGGGCGAGAUCCUCUGGCUUGCUAGCUACCCGCUUGACGUCAUCAAGAGUAAGAUGCAGAGCGACGGAUUUGGUGACAAGAUGAAGUAUAAGACUAUGCGCGACUGCUUUGGAAAGACCUGGGCUGAGGAGGGAAUGAGAGGGUUCUGGAAGGGUAUUGCGCCCGCAUUGCUCAGAGCUUUGCCUGUUAGCGCCGGCACCUUUGCUGUUGUCGAGAUGACCAUGCGCGCAAUCAACUAAAAACCCCGCCUCAAAAUUUACAAGGAAAAGCGAAGCAAUUAUUCCCAUAUUUCAACAUGCCUCGUCACAUACAUACACACCUUUACGUUUCCAGGCGUCUGGCGUAGGUGUAGACUAUUUACCAUAGACACCUAUUAGUUUCUUAUCUGCUCUGUAUUAUCUCAUACCUGUUCCUUUCAAAAUACUGAGUAGGCUAUACUUGUUUUUGUAUAUAUACAUGCCUCAGUUUCCUCUUGUCAUCAACAAUAAUAAACAGAC